UCUUUGGUCCAGAGUAAAAAUGGGCUUUGGUGUAAAUCUAGGGUGUAUUGCUGUCAUAUAUCACACUACCUCGUAAAAACGACACUGAGGAUUCUGGGCCAACAAAUCAGAGAGAAAAAAUAUGAGUUCUUAUUAUGUGGACGGUCUUCUUAGCAAAUAUACGGCGGCUGCUUCUCUCUUCCCAAACGUGGAGCGGGCUUCCUGCAGCAUUGGACCCGCUGGAGAGGACCGUGGAUCUGCUCGGACCGCAGCGGCCAUCUCGUUCACACCAUCUCUGUCUGGAGUUUACAGCGUAAACAAUGCAGUGUACCAAAGCCGGCCUGUGUUUACCCCGGGCUAUGGCCAGGGGCAGGACACACACACAGCACAAACACUGCACUGCAGCCUGUUCGACCAGAGCCGCCUGUUCGCCGACAGCUGCUGCCACCCUGAGCCCGGACACCUCACCUCGCCGCCGGACAAACACUACCGGAUGUACCCCUGGAUGAGGGCAGCAGGUAUGUGCUGAUUCUGUCUCCUUCUCAAAAACAUUGGGAUACUCACGUUGGCUGUUAGUGCUUCAAUUAAUUUCGUGAAGCCAUUGGUGUUGCAUGGAAAGAAUCGUAAAACUUUUAUUGCGCAACUAAUGAGUUCUGCAGCCAUAAAUUCAUUUGGCCAGCGCUCCUGUGUGUUGAGUGCGCAGAGACCUUGCCGCUGGGGGGUUUCUCUGCACUCCUAUUACUCUUAUAGCCUCUUCUCCCCUUUGUGGUUGUAAAAAAGAGCAGCCUGUUGUGUAAAUCAGCCCUCUCGCACUCUGCAGCUCCUUUCUAAUUGGGUCUGCACUGCAGAGGCUCUGCUAUUUUCUGAACCUGGUUCGUAUAGACAUUGCUGGAUCAAUACGGCCUAGUAUUGUCGGUUACAUAAAGAAGUCAAGUGGAUUUAGAAUGCAAGUAAUUUGAAACAUUGGGUUUUGUUAUAAUUGUGAAGGAGCGAGGUGUAAGGGGCUGUAAUCUAAUUACUUAUGGCUCCUUUGGUGCGCAGAAGAUUGUUGGCUUUUAAUUGGAAAGGCAUGCAGAGAAUCAAAGGAGGCACAGGCCGAACAUCCCAGCAGCGAAAAUUGAAAUAGACACAGAACUCAAAAUGAUAUUCAUGAAAGCCUCAGCUCGAGAGUGUGUGUUUGUGGGUGUGGUUAGGGGUUCAAGUGAAAUCAUGAGCCAAAAUUAUUGCGCAAAAAAUGAAUUGCGUUUGCCAAGAGGAUUCCAAAAUAGGAUUUUAUUAUCAGUACAAGUUUAAGCAACACUCUCAUUAUGCAGAAUCAUAUACUCUUCAAUUAUUCAAAAUAUCUCAUGCAGGUUAUAUAAACCACAUGGUGCAUCUUUUCCUCUCCACAGACCCGAACAAGAAGCGCGGCCGACAGACAUACUCCCGGUACCAAACCCUGGAGCUGGAGAAAGAGUUCCACUUCAGCCGGUACCUGACACGCAGAAGGAGGGUUGAAAUAGCCCAUGCUCUAUGUCUGUCAGAGAGGCAGAUCAAAAUCUGGUUUCAGAACCGUAGGAUGAAAUGGAAGAAAGACCACAAGGAGGAUCAGGUGCCGGCUUCAGACGGGGAGAAAGACGGGGAAAGUCAGGCUGCACCAGAGUCCACAGAACCCGGGGACAACCAGAGCGCCGGUUCGGAGUCAGAGACGGCUGUAAUGUAACAAAAGAGAGAGACUGGGCAUUAAGAACAACUAAAUAGAAAAAAAAAAAAAGAGUUUAAUAAUUCUAACAUGUUCUCCCAUACACCACUGAUGCACUACAAGCUUUGCAAGCCAAACUGAAUGACAGCUGAUGGCAAUUAUGUAAUAAGCAUUUUAACACCAUCAUAAAUUUCACGUGUCACAUUUUAAACCCAAAACAAUGCAGGAAACAGCUCGGCUUGAAAUAAAACAAACCGCAUUUGUAAGCAAUUAAAUCUGAUUUUACUACUGAAUUAACAUUCCUAAACGAAAAACUACCUACCCAUCAUUCACCACUUCACAUAAAAAACACACACACUGACACAAGACUGAAUGUUUUAAAUAACAUAUACUACCUAUAUCCGGUCAAUAUUUCUCCUAAAAUGAUUUUUUUAAAUGGAACAUUCUGCGUAAAUGUGCCUUAUUUUGACUCGAGGCUAAUUUUAAAUUAAUAUAUAAUUUGAUCAAAACCCUUGACUGUGAUUUUAGUUAUUUUAACACUGUAUCUUUAAAAACACACACACACUGUUUUGAGUCGUACACCGUUCACACACCCCGGCAUUAGCAGAAGUAUUUGUUUAGUUUAAGAUGAACUCUUGUAACCUACCUCAUAUUCCCUUUGCUUAUUCCACUCUCAACAGUCCGAACCUAACAUAAAUAUUUUUCAACUCCAACAUGCACUGCGAGAAAAAGAAAAAAAAACGCUUUGUCUAUUUUAUCCUUUCUCGAAAGUAUAAUCCGGUAUCAUUGCAUGCUCUUUUAUUAAAACACAACUGCAUUUUUCUUUCUUUUUUAUAUGAAUAUUUCAACCCAACAUGUUCAAACACUGAUAUAUUUAGUUCAAGUUCCAACCUUUAAUGUGAAUCAUCUGUAAAGAAGUAAAUAAAGAAAAAGUAUUCUAUGUCUUAAAUCUGUUAAUAAACAUAUAUGAUCUUUGUUAAA